CACUCUUCGCUUCUCAGUUCUCACUCACCGCUGUCCAUUCUUCUCCAUUCGCUUUGCUAACACAGUCCCCAGUAGCAGCAGCAGCAGGACAGCUCAGUCUCGGGUGAAGCCGAGCAGAUCGAUGGCGCUCUCUCGUCGCAUGGCUGCGUCCGCCCUCCUGCUGCUGGUCCUCCUCGUCGCCACAGAGAUGGGGGCGACGACGGUCAAGCUGGCUGAGGCGCGGGACUGCCUGUCGCAGAGCCACAAGUUCAAGGGCGCCUGCCUCAGCAGCAGCAACUGCGCCGCCGUCUGCCGCACCGAGAACUUCCCUGACGGCGAGUGCCACACGCACAACUUCGCCCGCAAGUGCUUCUGCAAGAGGGCCUGCUAGCCCGCCUGCUCGCCCCGGCCGCCCUGCCGGCCAGCGCCGCCACGUCCGAUGCUAGCUAGCUGUUAAAUCGUCCGUGCCGUUUGGUAGAUCUGUUCGUCAGUCCGCUCGCGUUCGUCAGUAGUAGCUGUUCGUGUGGCUGUCUCCCGUAAUAAAGUAGGAAAUCAACCGGGGUCUCUGUAGUUUGGUUCGCAGCACGUCGUGUUUGUCGCUGCUUUGUGUGGUAAUGUAAUAAGGUCGUUGUUUCAGUAUGCACGGACGUGUGCACUGCAUCUCCCUCUGUCUCUACUAAAUCAGCAUCUUCAAAGAGAACUGCUAUUAUUGUGACUA